UUUAUGCACGUUGCCUUCUUCUCACUAAAAGACAUAAUAAAUCUAUCACCUUUCUCCUCCACUUUUCUGAUCUCUCAUACGGGCCGUCAAUGCAUUCAUGCCCAAUUUCUGCCUAAUAUACUAAAAAUAUCUACUCUUGAUAUUUCGCGGCCAUUCUUGUAUUUUUCCCUGGAUCAAAACCAAUCCUUUUCCAGAAAAUCUUGAACCAAAUUGCAAUCUCCAUUGUAGCAAGAGGGAUCUUAUUUGAGUUGAAUUGAUUUCUGGUGAAGAUGGUGAACCUGGGGUUAUUAUCUGGGAAAAAACCUCUCAAGUCAGUGAAGGUGUGCUUCAGAAUACCAUAUUAUACUCAAUGGGGGCAGCACCUUAUUGUGUGUGGUUCGGAGGCGAUGCUCGGUUCUUGGAAUGUGAAGAAGGGUCUUUUGUUGAAACCUUCUCACCAGGGGGAUGAGCUCAUCUGGUCUGGAAGUGUGCCUGUUCCUCUUGGAUUCAAAAGCGAGUACACUUAUUACGUGGUCGAUGAUGAAAGGAAUAUUGUGAGAUGGGAAGGUGGAAAUAGGAGGAAACUAGUGCUGCCUGAAGGACUCGAGGAAGGUCUUUCAGUAGAGCUUCGAGACCUUUGGCAGACUGGUUCUGACGGUAUUCCUUUUAGAAGUGCAUUUAAAGAUGUCAUCUUUCGUAAAAGUGGGAGUUUAGACAUUGAAAAACCACAUGUGCCCAUCCAAACUAAGUUGGGCCAGGAAGAUUCAAUCAUCAUACAAUUCAAAAUAUGCUGCCCAAACGUAAAUGAAGGGACAUCAAUUUAUGUGAUUGGAAGCUCCUUGAAUCUGGGGCAGUGGAAGGCUCAGGAUGGAGUUAAGCUCAACUACGCUGGUGACUCAUUUUGGCAAGCAGAAUGUGUGAUGACUAAGGAUGACUUUCCUUUAAAAUACAAAUACUGCAAAUGUAACAAGUCUGGAGGAUGUUCUUCGGAAUAUGGUGGGAACCGGGAGCUUACAAUUGACUUCAAAACUAGUCAGCCAAAGUACUUGGUUCUUUCAGAUGGCAUGAUGCGGGAAAGUCCUUGGCGUGGUGCUGGUGUUGCAAUCCCCAUGUUCUCUGUGAGAUCAGAAGCUGAUCUUGGCGUCGGGGAGUUUCUUGACCUCAAAUUGCUCGUCGAUUGGGCUGUCGAGUCUGGUUUUCAUUUAGUUCAACUCUUACCAAUUAACGACACAUCAGUGAACGGGAUGUGGUGGGAUUCAUAUCCAUAUAGCUCACUUUCAGUAUUUGCAUUGCACCCAUUGUACCUAAGAGUAGAAGCACUUUCAGCGAAUAUUCCAGAAGAUAUCAAGCAAGAGAUAAAGCAAGCAAGACUUCAGCUGGACAAAAAGGCUGUAGAUUACGAUGCUACCAUGGCUACAAAACUUUCGAUUGCCAAGAAAAUUUUCAUCCAAGAGAAGGACAAGAUAUUAAAUUCAAGUUCCUUCCAGCAAUAUUUUUCCGAAAAUCAGAAUUGGUUGAAACCCUAUGCUGCAUUUUGUUUUCUGCGUGACUUCUUUGAAACAUCGGAUCACAGCCAGUGGGGUCGCUUUUCUCAAUUUUCAGAAGAAAAGCUCGAGAAACUUAUCUCAAAGGACAGCUUGCACUAUCAAAUAAUUUGCUUUCAUUACUAUAUCCAAUUCCAUUUGCAUACGCAAUUAUCGGAAGCUGCUGAAUAUGCAAGAAAGAAGGGAGUGGUACUCAAAGGCGACAUCCCUAUUGGUGUUGACCGAAAUAGCGUGGAUACGUGGGUCUAUCCUAAUUUGUUCCGCAUGAAUACUUCCACCGGGGCACCACCCGACUAUUUUGAUAAAAACGGGCAGAAUUGGGGAUUUCCAACUUACAACUGGGAAGAGAUGUCCAAGGACAACUAUGGAUGGUGGCGUGCUCGUUUUACACAGAUGGGGAAUUACUUUACAGCUUACAGGAUUGAUCAUAUACUGGGUUUCUUUAGAAUUUGGGAGCUUCCCGAUCAUGCCAUGACGGGCCUCUGUGGGAAAUUUCGGCCAUCUAUACCCAUUAGUCAGGAAGAGCUCGAGUCUGAAGGAGUAUGGGAUUUCGACCGCUUAACCCGUCCAUAUAUUCGAUCGGAAUUUUUACAGGAAAAAUUUGGAGCUUCUUGGACUAUUGUUGCUUCAAACUUUUUAAACGAAUAUAAAAAGAACUUUUACGAGUUCAAGGAGGAUUGCAAUACCGAGAAGAAAGUCGCAUCCAAACUGAAGCUAUUCUUGGAGAAAAGCGUGUUUGGAGAGAGCGAAGAGAAACUGCGACGAAAACUCUUUGAUCUUCUGCAGGACGUAGUCCUUAUCAGAGAUCCAGAAGAUCGAAGAAAGUUUUACCCUCGUUUCAAUCUAGAAGACACGUCUAGUUUCAAGGAUUUAGACGAGCACAGUAAAAAUGUGCUGAAAAGAUUAUAUUAUGAUUAUUACUUUCAUCGGCAAGAGAGCCUUUGGCGUCAAAAUGCACUUAAGACUCUACCGGUUCUUUUGAACUCGUCGGAUAUGUUGGCUUGUGGGGAAGAUCUUGGCAUGAUUCCUGCUUGUGUUCAUCCUGUCAUGGAAGAGCUGGGCUUAAUAGGCUUACGGAUUCAGCGCAUGCCAAGUGAUCCCGGAGUGGAAUUCGGUAUUCCUUCUACAUACCCCUAUAUGACGGUAUGUGCUCCGUCUUGCCACGACUGCUCCACUCUGCGCGCCUGGUGGGAAGAAGAUGAGGAAAGAAGGCGUCGCUUUUUUUCAACAGUCGUGGGGUCCGAUGAGUUGCCUCCUGAUCAAUGUACUCCUGAAAUUGUCUACUUCGUCUUGCAUCAGCAUUUCGAGUCCCCAUCGAUGUGGUCAAUCUUUCCUCUCCAGGAUUUGCUAGCACUCAAAGAAGACUAUACAACCCGCCCUGCAAUGGAGGAGACGAUAAACGACCCAACAAAUCCAAAACACUACUGGCAAUAUCGUGUACACGUGACAAUGGAGUCGUUGCUCAAAGAUAAAGAGCUGACGGGCAUCAUCAAAAAUCUCGUCCAUGGGAGCGGGAGAUCUUAUCCGGGAAGGCUGCAGGAUGUUGCUAGCGAUAAAGGUGAAAGUGUUCCCUUGGCAGGGCAGAAAGAAAAAGCAGCAGUCUAAUGAGGGGUUGAUAUUGCUUUCAUUCCACUUCUAGAUAGUAAAUUAUGCAGGACUGGCAAUUGCUACUUUUACAUUUUAUGGUGGAUUUCAUGCUAUUUAUGUUGCUGUCAUACACUGUAAUCUGAAUAAUGAUAUACAUUUCUUCUGCUGCAAAUGUUCAUAGUAAUAAUUAAUAAAGUGCAUCUUUUGCCACC